UGCCAGGAGGUGUCACUAGAGGAGGAACCAGAUGGGGUAUUGUUUGACAGUGCCUCCACACCUAAGUUACAGCUUAACCAGGAUCCUACUGAGCACUCAUUGCCAGCCUCCAGUAUUUUGCCACCUGUGGGUGCUCCAUUAACCCCUCCAGUGGUUCCAGUCACACCAACAACCACACCAAAUCUUACUCCAAGCAUUACUCCGGCAGCUCCUACUCCUGUAACACCAGUGACUGUGUCCUCCAGACCAUCAUCUGAUCAGUUGGAAAGUGAGAGUGGUGAUGAUAUGAUACAAAUCACAGUAUCUGAUCCUCAAAAAAUUGGUGAAGGAAUGAGCUCUUACAUGGCAUACAAGGUCACUACCAAGACCAAUAUUUCAUACUUUAGAAAAAAGAACUGGAGCGUGAUGCGUCGGUUCAGUGACUUCCUGGGGUUGCACAGAAAGCUGGUGGAAAAACAUCUACAUUCUGGGCGCAUUAUUCCCCCAGCUCCAGAGAAGUCUGCCAUUGGUACAACGAAGAUCAAGCUUAGCAGUGAUAAAACAACUGACUCUGCCUCAGCGGACUUCAUUGAGAAGCGGCGGGCAUCUCUGGAGCGUUACAUGAACCGCACAAGUGCACACCCAACACUUAGAGCCGAUCCAGAUUUUAGAGAGUUCAUUGAAUUAGAUGCAGAGCUGCCCAGAGCUACACAAACCUCAGCACUUAGUAGUGCAGGUGUGCUGCGACUCUUUAACAGAGUGGGGGAGACUGUUAACAAGAUGACCUUCAAGAUGGACGAGAGUGAUCAAUGGUUUGAGGAAAAGACACAGCAGAUCGAGAGCCUCGACUCUCAGCUUCGCAAGCUCAAUGCUGCCAUGGAUGGUUUGGUGGCAUAUCGUCGAGAACUGGCCACAAGCACCGCUGCAUUUGCCAAAUCUGCAGCUGUUUUAAGUAGUGUAGAGGAACACUCCUCUCUUAGUAGAGCACUACACCAGCUGGCAGAGUCUACAGAGAGAACACACACCAUUCAUCAUGCUCAAGCAGAUGCUGAUUUUUAUCUGCUGAGUGAGACCACCAAAGAUUACAUCCACCUCAUUGGUGCUGUCAAGGAUGUGUUCCAUGAACGAGUCAAGUUGUUCCAGACAUGGCAGCAUGCCCAGGCAAUGUUGGCCAAGAAACGUGAAGCCAAGGCCAAGGCUGAGUUAGCUGGUCGAAUGGAUAAAGUGCAACAGGCUCAGGAGGAGGUGGCAGAGUGGGAAGGAAAGGUGGAAAGGAGCCAGGAGGAGUUCGAGAGGAUUUCUCGAGCAAUAAAGAAAGAGAUGGAACAGUUUGAAGUGGUACGUGUGAAGGACUUCAAGGAUAUGAUCAUCAAGUACUUGGAAGCUCUGAUGACAUCACAGCAGCAGAUUACAAAAGUUUGGGAGACAUUCAUCCCAGAAGCCAAAGCAAUAUCCUAGAUGGUCAGAUGAUGGAUGGUAACCGUGCUGGCAUUAUUAAUCAAGUGCUAGUAGUUAGAAACAAGUUGCCUUUACUCAAGUUUGAAGACUAUUCUGCAUUAGGUAUCAUUCUUUACCCAGAGUUAUUUUUUAAUUCCACUUAUGUUAUUAAGCUCAUUUCUAAAAGUGGUGCCUAGUUACCUACUUCAUGGUACAUGCACAUGUGCGAUUUAUGCAGAUAUCAGCAGCCAUAUAUUGGGUUUUUGUUUUUUUGGGUAUGGUCAAUUUUAUAAGUGAAUCUAUUUUGAUUUUUGAAAAUUAUUAUAUGAAGCUUGUUUAUGAAUCAUAACAAAAUUGUUGUUACAAAAUAAUUUCUUGUGACUUAGGACAUAGUCAGUGUGUGUAUUCUUAAUACAUAGUUGCAGCUUAUCCAUAGUGGAAUUUUUUGUUUUUUUUUUGUUUUAAUGCUUUUGAGUAACAGAUCUCUCGCAGUUCUACAUCAAUGAAAUAUUUAGAACAGGUUAUGCAGCACCUUGUAUUGAAUGUGUAUAGAAUUGUACUUAAAGUGAUGGUUAACUGUUGAUGUUACUUAAUCUUUUGCAAUUACUAUUUUCUUUUUAUUAUUUAGAGACUUGUCAAUUUGAUAUUAACUGUAUUUUGCUAAAAUUUUACCAGGAAAGUAAUUAAGUCCAUAUUUAAAGAGCUCAACAAGUUUUUUUCCAAAGUUUAAGAACAAUUCAUUGUGACUAAUUGUCAUUUUUAAAAUGUUAUCUUCUGGAUUGUUUUGAAUAUUUAUUUAAAAGUAUUUAUUAGAAAAUUUAAUUUAUUGUUGGUGCUGCAUGAACUCUGAAUGAUGCGGUGCAGGAAAUGUUCUGGUUUUAAGACACACUGGUUUUGUUUUGUUAGUGGACAUUUCAUCAAUGGUUUCUCUACUUUUGCAUCUUUCACUCUUUAAUGUUCUAUUUCUUCUGUUUUUUUUUUUCUAUAUUCUUUUACUCUACAUUUCUUCUACUUUACUUUUUUCAUUUUUUUUCCAUUCUCUACUGUAAUUUUCCAGAGUUGCAUGUGAUGCUUAUAUACUUGUGUCCAGUAUAAUAAUAAAAGUUUGUUGAUCUCUCUCAAUUUCAUUACUGGAGGAUGCUGCAUGGAAAAAAAAAACAUUUGAAAUGUGCAUUAGUUGAAUACAGUUCUGCCACUGAAGAUAAGAGUAUAUCCUCGAUUUAUGCCAAUAGUUUCGAGAGGGGCAGAGAGCAUGCGGUAAAUUUUUGUUGUUGCCGACCCAUUUUGCAUAAAAUUUGUUACAUUUAUGCUAUUGGGUUAUCCUAAAUAAAUUUUUAUUGUUGGUGAGUUUUAGAAAAAGUCUGCAAAAUAUUCUGUUUUACAUGUAACUUUGUGUAUAAAACUUAACACCCCAAGCACCAUUAUACUCUGUUCAGAUAUUUGCCAUAGUGUAUGGGUAUUGGUAACAUCCCCCAAAAUACUGCAGUGUAUUGCAGUGACUGCUCUUGCUCCAUAUCACUUCAUAAUUUAUCAUUAACAUUUAGCAUACAUUCCAGAAAAUAUUUCUUCUCAGAAGAAAUUGAUUGUUAAAAUACAACACAGUACUGUAUAGUAAAUAAAAGUACUUUAAUAAAAAUAGACCAUAAAGGAAUGUUCCUUGUUCAUUUUAACAAUAUGUGCACUUGAGUUAUGAGUCUGAGGCUGUCAGGUUUAACUUUGUUAAUGUUCUUCAGUAUCAUUGUUAAUAUGGGUGCACACAAUGUUGCAGUGUCAUCUGAACUGUGAUGUCAGCACAUUGCAGGCACGACAGUGACUGAAUGAAUGAAUGAUGGUGAAAGUGCUUUCCUCUUUCUUUUUGGGUUACCCUGUUUUGGUGGUACAUGGCUGGUGUGUUAAAAAAAAUUCUGGCAGAUGUUUGGAAGAAAUGCAUAUCAGUUUGUUGAAACUAGUUUCCAUGGGGAGAUUUCUGCAUCACAGGCAUCGGUUAUCCCUAAAAAUGUUUCAAUUAGAGGAAAUUUAUUUUAGAGCAAUGCAGAACUUUUUUUUGGGGGGUGGGGGGAAGAUCCAAUUUAGUGCAUCCCUUAAUUGGUAAUCUAAGAACCAAAUCCUUAAUUCAAAUACGUCAAGAGUGAGUGUGUGCAUGCCUGCAUAUGUGCAUGUACAUGCAUCGUGUGAGAGUUUGAGAGUGCACAAACUCUCACACAGAUGAAGACCUGCAAUGUCCCCUUCUAAAGUAAAGAGGAAAGGACCUUGUCAUAAAGCUAAGAGGUCAAUGUGUAUAGGAUAUAUUUUAUUAUUAUUAUUAUUAUUAUAGUCAUGAGAAGCACUAAGCCAUAGAUAUAUAAUUCAUAGGAUAUAUAUAUAAAUACCUUUGUUCCUGUACAGUUUUGUUAUUGUAGUCUCUAUUUAAGAUGGUUUGUUGUACACAUUUUUGAUUAGGCUGGAUUAUCUACUGAACUGAUUGUAUGGUAUACAUAUAUCUUAAAAGAUCAGAAUAUACUAUGAAUAUGGAA